AUGGACCACCAGGAAAUAUCGGCGGUUCAUUCCGUACUGCAUCUAAUUUAUCAUCGCAACAAGAACCAACACCAGAGAGCUAAAUGGUGGAAAUGGCUGUCAACCUUAAAACGCACCACGUCGGAUUUGGAAUCGUUGGACUCGGCCGCAGUCGAGCGCUACCAGCAGCAUCUGGCCAUGCAUCUCAUACCCCGAUGUUACCUAGCAUUUUCCACGGUGGUCGCUGAGAACCAGUUCGCGACCUUGGGGAUUGCACUUCUGGCCGCACUGGCACGUCUGGCCAAGGCCACUGGAGCCGACCGGAAGCUCAAAUCGCGAUCUCGGUUAACAGGCAAAAAAGUGGCUGCUCUGACUCCCGCGGAGGACCGAGGAGAGCGCAUUCGUCGCGACGUGCUUCCUGAACCGAGUCAAGCCUCCGCGGAACGGUCUUUGAAAGGGAAGAAGCCUGCCAAGCCCAAGACCACCAAACGCAAGAAAAAUGCGAUCGAUGAUCUUUUCAGCGGUCUUUUCUAA